GUUUGAGAAAUAGACAUGUUUCGUGCGACGUUUGCUUUGAACUUGAAAAAAAUCAUGUUUCUUGUGAUAUUUGCCUUCUAUGUUGUACUUACUGCUAGCACAUCACAGUAAGAUGGACUAAUUCCAGACACGCACAACUCAUUGGUCUAACGAGGAUUAGACUUUUAAAAAUCCCGUUCAGUGGCUUACAUAGCGAAUUGGAUUCAGCCGUUCUCUACAUCAGCUACUUUGCUCACGUCAGGAAUAGAAAGCAUAGCACGGUGCGAUCGACAGCAGAUUCCAUGAUUUCCCUUGAUAUUAAGACCUGUUUGUUGUUGAUUAAUAUACACUAAUCCCGACUCGGGCAGCCACCGUCCUCAUAAUUAUAUAGCUCUUGGAGUACUUACCGUCUUCGUGGUUUUUGUAUGGUUUUUAUAAUCGCCUUUGACCGUUAAAACCCAUUCCUGAUGAAAUUUCUAGGACUUAAAGGUAACCACCAGUUGUUUCAUGCUCUGGUUGUUUUCUACUUUGUGCUGUUCGUAGGCUUGUUGUUCACCUGGAACGUGUUUAUCACUGGAUCCGUGAAAAACGUGUACUCUAAUGAGAAUGGCCAUGUGUUCAUUCUCCACGCUGUCUCACCACCGGUCAGGGCGGUCACCCAGAAACAACCGACGAAGUUGUCUUUCCGUAAGCCAGUGUUCACGGGAUGGGAGAACUGCUCGGUGAAUCACAAGGUGUCAUUUAUGAGCAGACCGAUGACGUUAGUCGCGGAACCCGUGUGUUCUUGGCUCAAGACAAAAAGCGUCAAUGGUAACUUCACUGGAUACGGAGAGAACUUUGCUCAUUUAACUUCCGUCAUUGUGAACCCAGAGAGGGCAAGUGGCAGAAGAGGUGGGGAGAACAUAACAGCUGUGUGGAACCAGAAGGAACAAGAUGAAUAUAUCGAACUGAAGCCAGGAUACUUCUCUGUCUACUGUCAAGGGUCGUUAGACUAUGCAUUUGGUGAAAAAAAUCAUUUGUUGCAAUGGAAAGAAGCCACUCUAUGCAAACCCACACGUAAUAUUAGCGGAAUGGUGAAAAUAAAAGGGUUGACUAUCGCCGUUCAAAGAUACGAGUACGUGAAUCUGUAUCACACAAUGACAGACUACUACAACGCCUUCCUGAUGAUGCUUAUCUUUAACAAGAGCCCGGAUGACACUACGAUUCUGUGGGUAGACUCGCAUCCGUCUGGAGGUUUGGACCAGACGUGGAAGACCCUGUUUUCAAACACAAUCAGAGCUGGGCAUUUGAGAGGACCAACAGUCUUUGAGGACAUGGUUUGGAGCAUCAUGGGAUACGACAGUCCUCUUAAUCAACACAACAGACCGUUCACGCCAUAUUUAGAACAAUUUAGAGAGUUUUUCUUGACGCGUCACGGAGUGUCACCUGCUAAAACGCUGGAUUGCGCUCACCUCAAUGUGCUGUUCAUCUGGCGCAGAGACUAUAUUGCGCACCCUAGAAACCCUUCCGGUCUGGUGAAGAGGAAGAUUGAGAACGAGGCCGAACUGUUGGAGACCGUUCGGAAGGUCGUCCCAGGCCACAACGUGACGGGGGUUCAGUUGGACGCGUUGCCUAUGAGGCAACAGCUAGAACUGGUGGCCAACACAGAUAUUUUUCUAGGGAUGCACGGGGCUGGAUUGGCCCACACCCUGUUCCUUCCUAAACACGGUGGACUCGUAGAAUUUUACCCCACUUACUGGAGUCCGUCUAAUCGACACUUCCGUGCAAUGGCCAUGUGGCGCGGGUUGCAGUAUCAGACGUGGCAGAAUCGUGACUCUAAUAAAGAAAUCAAAUACUACACUUACAUUCCACCACUGACUGUUCUCAGCAUGUUCCUAGAGGUGAAAAAUAAUAUAUGUAAUGAUGGUAUCAGGUAGCUUUGAUUUACCAUAGUCACAAAACCAGGGGCAGAACCAGAAGUUCAAUUAACGGGAGUUGGUGGGGUGGGGUGGGGUGGGGUGGGGAUGGGGUGGGGAUGGGGUGGGUCUGCAUUAACGGGAGUUGGGCUACCGGGCUUUGCGGUGGAGGGGUUCGGGACUCCAUCCCUCUAACCUCUCCUGGAUCCACCACUGUUACAGUAAUAAAUGAUAGUCCAUGUUUAAAUUGUCAUAGUCCAUAUGGUUGAUCGGCCGGUCAAUUGAUUUUCUUACGUCUUGAUUACGUUUCAAUAAUGUAUUUGUUAUUUUUGUUACAUCGGCGCUUGUUAUGCAUUGUUAAUGACUGUUAUUUUCUGUCACAUACUGAAAAAGAUCGACAUUUUGAAAUACUAAAGUAAAGAGUAGACCCAUUUGUGGAAAAAGAGACUUAACCUUUCUCUGCUCAUAUCUUUUUUAGAAGUUUGUGAACUUUAUAUGAACAUUUUUAGUAUUUUUGCUUUACAUGGAUGAAAAAAAUAAAUACAUUUAUAUAUA